AUGAAGGGCGCCAUCACGCCUCCCUGCCUUUGCUCAAGCGGUUCCUUCACCCCGAUCAAGUUCUUUCCCAUUUCUCCAUCUGGGGGGAUCCUGAAUGUGCACCUCCUCAGAGAAGCCCUCCUGGGGUCUCCAAUUCUAGUUUAUUGCCCCCUCCUAUCGAUCCCCCAGCACGCUCAUCGGGCCUGUGGACAAGGACAGGUUUGAGGAGAGGAUUCCCUGGAUCGCGGAGGGGCUACAGAAGCCGCCCAGCCCCUUCCGAGGAUGCCAAAGGGGCCCGGGCAGAGGGGAAGUGGCCGUGCCCGGACCUGCCUGCCACUAGAUCCCCACCCACCUAUGACUGCUCAGUCCGGCUCUCCUGCCAGACCCACCUUUCCUUGGCCCAAGCUAGCGCACCCCGCCCACUCCCUGCCCAGUCCAAACUCCGAGGCUGGGCAAGGCACUUGAUCCACGGCUGGAACGACCUGGGGCAGCCUCUGGGUGAACAGCAGCGUGAUCGCCGGCAGCGAACCGAGACCAGCGAGCCGACCAUGCGGCUGCACCGACUUCGGGCGCGGCUGAGCGCGGUAGCCUGUGGGCUCCUGCUGCUUCUAGUCCACGGCCAGGGCCAGGACUCUGCCAGUCCCAUCCGGACCACACACACGGGGCAGGUGCUGGGGAGUCUUGUCCAUGUCAAGGGCGCCGAUGCCGGGGUCCAUACCUUCCUGGGAAUUCCCUUUGCCAAGCCACCUCUAGGUCCGCUGCGAUUUGCACCCCCUGAGCCCCCUGAAUCUUGGAGUGGUGUGAGGGAUGGAACUACCCAUCCGGCUGUGUGUCUACAGGACCUCACCAUAAUGGAAUCAGAGGUUCGGAACCAAGUCAAUGUGACCAUCCCUUCCAUCUCCAUGUCUGAGGACUGCCUGUACCUCAGCAUCUACACGCCAGCCUAUAGCCAUGAAGGCUCUAACCUGCCGGUGAUGGUGUGGAUCCACGGUGGUGGGCUUGUUUUUGGCAUGGCUUCCAUGUAUGAUGGUUCCAUGCUGGCCGCCUUGGAGGACGUGGUGGUGGUCACCAUCCAGUACCGCCUGGGUGUCCUAGGCUUCUUCAGCACUGGAGACAAACAUGCAACCGGCAACUGGGGCUACCUGGACCAAGUGGCCGCACUACGCUGGGUCCAGCAGAAUAUCGCCCACUUUGGAGGCAAUCCUGACCGUGUCACCAUUUUUGGCGAGUCUGCGGGUGGCACGAGCGUGUCUUCACUUGUUGUGUCCCCCAUAUCCCAAGGACUCUUCCAUGGGGCCAUCAUGGAGAGUGGCGUGGCCCUCCUGCCUGGCCUCAUUGCCAGCUCAGCUGAUGUCAUCUCCACGGUGGUGGCCAACCUGUCUGCCUGUGACCAAGUUGAUUCUGAGGCCCUGGUGGGCUGCCUGCGGGGCAAGAGUAAAGAGGACAUUCUUGCAAUUAACAAGCCUUUCCACAUGAUGAUCCCCGGAGUGGUGGAUGGGAUCUUCCUGCCCAGGCACCCCCAGGAGCUGCUGGCCUCUGCCGACUUUCUACCUGUUCCCAGCAUCAUUGGUGUCAACAACGAUGAAUUCGGCUGGGUCAUCCCCAAUGUCACAAGUAUUUAUGACACCCAGAAGGAAAUGGACAGAGAGGCCUCCCAGGCUGUUCUGCAGGAAAUGUUAAGGCUAAUGAUGUUGCCUCCUACAUUUGGUGACCUGCUGAUGGAGGAGUACAUUGGGGACAAUGGGGAUCCCCAGACCCUCCAAGCCCAGUUCCAGGAGAUGAUGGCGGACUCCAUGUUCGUGAUCCCUGCCCUCCAAGUAGCACAUUUUCAGUGUUCCCGGGCCCCUGUGUACUUCUACGAGUUCCAGCAUCAGCCGAGCUGGGUCAAGAACAUCAGGCCGCUGCAUGUGAAGGCAGACCAUGGUGAUGAACUUCCUUUUGUUUUUGGAACUUUGUUCUGGGGCAACUUCGUUAAAUUCACUGAGGAGGAGGAGCGGCUAAGCAGGAAGAUGAUGAAGUACUGGGCCAACUUUGCUCGAAACGGGAACCCCAAUGGCGAGGGUCUGCCACACUGGCCGCUGUUCGACCAGGAGGAGCAAUACCUGCAGCUGAACCUACAGCCUGUGGUGGGCCGGGCUCUGAAGGCCCACAGGCUCCAGUUCUGGAAGAAGGCGCUGUCCCAGAAGAUCCAGGAGCUCAAGGAACCUGAAGAGAGACACACAGAGCUGUAGCUCCCUGUGUUGGGGAGGAGGGGGUCGGCUCGCUUACAGGCCUUUCCCACUUUGAGGGAGGUGCUUUCAAGAAUGUUGCCCACACCUGAGUGUGAGAAGCCUAUGUCUGGUUCAUCCCUGAGAGGUCUGAAAGAAUAAAAAUAAAUUCUAAAAAAA